CGUGAAAGGAAAUUUUGUUCUUGUUCGACAGUCCACACAGUCGUCUUCAAUUCAUUUCUUCUUCGGCGAAACAGGCGGAGAGAGAGUGGCCCCCGCUCUUCCUCCUCCAUUUCACACACCAGCAAAGCAAAGCAUAGCAGCAAUCUUCUCUAUCUCCCACUGCUGCAAUAUUUGUUUCAGAGAAUCCCAGAGGAGAGCAAUAAAGGAAGAGAUGCUUCUGUAGCUUCUUCCAACUUCGUGUAUACAGAGACCACCUCACGACACUGCUGAGGGGAAGAGAAGCAGAGGGUACUGUUUCUGCUAGCCGGGAUACACGGGAAGGAAAACUCAGAAAGAGAGAGAGAGAGAGAGAGAGAGAGAGGGAAGAGGAUCUAAUGGAUUACGAGCGGAUACACAAAGUUCAGAGUGGAGUGAUAUCACCGAGCAAACUGAGGAUGAAGCUAAUGGGGGCUCACCACAGCAGCAGCAGGAAGAAAGAAGGUUCAUCUAAUUGCAGCUCCUCUCGCACUUCUCCUUGCAGAGUUGCCGACACUGAAUUCGUCAAGAGCAGUCUCUUAGACUCCAACGAUGACGACGACCACCCAGAUUUCGCCGAUGAAGUUGAGGCGCCUUCAUCAGGAGUUACAUCUACAACAGUUACAAGCGAGGCAGCAUUAGACCCUGACACGAGUCGCCAUCAUCCGCUCAAGGAAAACAACACCCACGAUUUGGAUCAUGCCAAGAUACAUCAGCUCUUGAGGUCGGAAAGCGUCAACUCGAAUGCAGUCCACAACGUGAGAGCCAUGGAAGACGAGAAUCCAGGGUACGAUAGCUCGUCCAGCUUCGAGUUCCAUAAGGAGAGAUCCGCGGCACAAAGCCAGCUGGUGAGAUCAUUGUCGAGGCCCAUGUCGUCCAAGUGGAAUGAUGCAGAGAAAUGGAUCAUGAACAAGCAAAAUGUGCAGCAGCAUGGUGGUGGUUAUCCAAGGAAGAAUGGGUUCCACAACAACCAGGGUAGUAAUCGGAUGCCCAUUACUACACACAUGGGGCGGGUUGCUCCUGAGCUGGUAGCAACUGGUGGUGGUAGGAUGGUGGACACCAAGCGUGUAGAUUUUUGUCAGACUGCUUCCCAGCUUGGGUUGGAGAAAUUCUCCUUCCUUGGUGCUCCUGGAACUCCUUCCAUUUCCGGCCAAGCAAAUACGUUGAUGGAGCAGUAUGGUCAGAGCAAGGAUUUGAAGGAGGUGGAUCCUAUGGCACUAUCAACUAUGAACACUUCGACAGAAGAUAGGACAGUGGUGCCUGUGAUAAGAUCAGUUUGUAUGAGAGACAUGGGAACAGAGAUGACACCCAUUGCGAGUCAAGAACCAUCAAGGACCAGCACCCCUAUUGGUGCAACAACUCCCAUUCGCAGCCCAACUUCAUCAAUCCCGUCUACACCAAGAAGAGGAGGCCCCACAACGACACCUGUGGAGCAUGAAGAUGGCAGCAGCAACAAGUGCACAGCUAGCCAGAAUGGUACUAAGAGGGAACUAAGCGAGGAAGAACUGAAACUGAAGACAAGGAGGGAGAUCGUCGCCCUUGGUGUGAAGCUUGGCAAGAUGAACAUUGCUGCUUGGGCGAGUACAGAAGAAGAGGAAAAGAACAUGGCACAGUCUCGCGAUAUGGAGUCAGUGGAGCAGAUUGAGUUCGAGAAGCGUGCAGCUGCUUGGGAAGAAGCUGAGAAGUGUAAACACUCAGCAAGAUAUAAACGUGAAGAGAUACAAAUCCAAGCAUGGGAAAGCCAGCAGAUAGCAAAGCUGGAAGCAGAUAUGCGCAGAACUGAGUCUAAAGUGGAACAAAUGAAAGCUCAAGCAGAAGCUAAGAUGGUGAAGAAAGUGGCGAUGGCGAGGCAAAGAGCCGAGGAGAGACGAGCUGCAGCUGAAUCAAGGAAGAAUAGAGAUGCAGAGAGAACAGCUGCGAAAGCAGAAUACAUUCGCCAGACGGGGAGGAUGCCCUCGACUCAUUACAUCUGCUGUGGCUGGUUGUGAAGAUGUAGUAGUUUGGGUUGAAACUAGUUGGUGGUUUUGGCCCCAAGGGGUUUGUAUGUUCAGUAGCGCUCUCAAUUAUCCAUCAUUUGUCUCAUUUCUAUUGAAAGUGACAGAGCUCGCUGGCUUCUGCUGUUCUGCAGAAGUUUGAUUGGUCUAUAUAUGGCAGGCAGGAAAUCGUGGGUGCCUUCCUUUCCUCUUCUCCUUGUUCCGUGCGGAAAUCGAUUGGUUUCACUUUCAAUAUAUUGUGUGGGCUUAUGGAUCAUGCAGCGUUGAGCUGGGGCUUAGGGCGUU